AAGAAAUUCACUCUGAAGCCCUCGCAUCUCCGUUUCUUUUUUUUUUUUUGGUAUGAACGCAUCUCUGUUUCUUACUCCGUUCGCCGAUUUCUGGGUUUGUGCUUAUUGCUUUCUUCCUCAAUCGCUAGUCCUCACAAUCAUGGCGGUGAGGCUGUUGAAUCAACUGAGAAAGCCUCUCCCUGUUCGUCGUUUCUCUCCCCAAAUCACACCUCCGCCGUGUUUUCUUCUCCGGCGGCCGCUCCCGACCACCGUAACCGUUGCUUCCUCCGCCGCUUUUUCUUCUUCUUCUUCUUCUUCUUCUCCGUUGCCUGACGAGCGUACCUCUAAGCAAAGCCCAAAUGCCCAGACGAUAUCGUCUUUGAAGCAACCAGAGCUCGCAAAAUUCUCUGCCAUAGCUGAUACCUGGUGGGAUUCAGAAGGGCCUUUCAAGCCGUUGCAUCUGAUGAAUCCAACGAGGUUGGCUUUCAUCCGGUCCACCUUAUGUAGGCAUUUCAGGAGGGAUCCUACUUCUGCAAGGCCCUUCGAAGGACUGAGUUUCAUUGAUGUGGGCUGUGGUGGUGGAAUACUUUCUGAGCCCCUGGCACGGUUGGGAGCAACUGUUACAGGAGUCGAUGCCGUGGAUAAAAAUAUCAAGAUUGCCCGUCUUCAUGCUGGUCUGGAUCCAGCCACUUCAACAAUUGAGUACCAUUGUACAACAGCUGAGAAGCUGGUGGAGGAGGAGAGAAAAUUUGAUGCUGUUCUUGCCUUAGAGGUCAUUGAGCAUGUGGCAAAUCCCGCGGAGUUCUGCAAGUCACUGUCAGCAUUGACCAGUCCGGAUGGGGCUACCAUAGUAUCUACCAUUAACCGUUCUAUGAGAGCAUACAUGUCAGCCAUUGUUGCAGCAGAGUACAUCCUGAAUUGGCUUCCAAAAGGCACACACCAGUGGACAAGUUUUCUAACACCUGAAGAGCUUGCCAUGAUUCUGCAGCGUGCUUCAAUUGAUGUGAAAGAGAUGGCUGGAUUUGUCUACAACCCGUUAACAGGAAGAUGGUUGUUAUCUGAUGACGUUAGCGUUAACUUCAUCGCUUAUGGCACGAAAAGGAAUGAACCCGGAACAGGAACUGCAUAAUCUCGUAAUUCCCCAUUUGCGGAUUUCAGCAUUUUUGGUGCUACUCGGCAUAGUUUCUAACACUACAUAAGCUCUCAAGGUUUGUAGGAGUUGGCAUCGGACAGCAGUCACAGUUUGUAAGUUAGGAUGCAAUAAGUGUGACAAUGGAGGGUUGGUUGGUUCGUAGUGAUACAAUCCCUUGUGCUCUUUUUUACCUUUUUUAAGACAAAGCCUUUGUGGACGAACAAGAACAACGCCGUUCAAGAAUCUUCAUUUCAUGUUUCUCCAAAUUUGAAAGCUCAUAUCACUUUUGAGGUUGUUGUUGUUGUAACUCGAGGUCAAAUGUUCGAGUCUUGGAACCAGUUUCUCUACAAAUCAUCUUUAUGGGGAGAUUUUAUUUC